UGUGUUUACAUGUUGUCAGGCUCUAUAGGGAGGAGACGCACUCAGGUGGCCCUUAAUUAACACUCAAAGCCGCCAUAAUGGGACAGACUUUAAGCGAGCCUGUGACACAGAAGGAAACCUCACGCUGCGAGAAUUCUUGGCUGCGCGUCGGGUCUUCGUGUAUGCAGGGAUGGCGUGUCAACAUGGAGGAUGCACACACCACUAUACUGUCUCUCCCAGAUGACCCAGGAACUGCUUUUUUUGCUGUGUAUGAUGGGCAUGGAGUGCAUGAUGCUGCAAUCAAGAUUGCCAGAUGCAGUGGAAGACUUGCACAAAGAGCCCCAAGUUCUAUUUUUAUGGAUUUCUAUAGAUUCGGAGAUAAUCGGCUGGGAACCACUGGCUUAAGAUAUAGGUAUCCCUCACCCAUAUACAAGAAUAAGGUACACUGGAUCAGAAGAGUAUUGGUGCAGAGGGUGUCCGAUGCCGUCCAAAAACGUUCACACAGUUCGAUCCAGUGUACCUUAGUAUCUGCUAAGGACAGCUCUAGUCUGUAUGGAGUAUUAAUAAACCUCAGAAUGCAUACAUGGAUGAUUAUCUUUAGCAGAACCAAAUUAUAUGGAAAUGUAGGCGAUUCCCGGGCUAUAGCUAGUGUUGGUGGCCGUGUUGAAGAGCUAAGCAAUGACCAUAAACCAAGCCUGGCUUCUGAGCAGCGAAGAAUAACAGCAGCUGGUGGUUGGGUUGAGCUGAACAGAGUCAAUGGGAACCUUGCACUGUCAAGAGCAUUGGGAGAUUUUGUGUUUAAGAAGAAUGAAGAAAAAGGACCAGAAGACCAAAUUGUUACAGCCAAUCCAGAUGUAGAGGUCAGGGAAUUGACUGAAGAGUGGGAGUUCAUCAUCUUAGCUUGUGAUGGAAUCUGGGAUGUUAUGACUAAUCAGGAGGUGGUAGACUUUGUGAGGUUACGGCUGUCCCAAGGUAUGGAACCUGAAGACGUGUGCGAGGAUUUGAUGACUCGCUGUCUAGCCCCGGACUGCCAGAUGGGAGGACUUGGUUGCGAUAACAUGACUGUUAUCCUCAUCUGCAUUACCCAUUCUGGCUCCUGGCGUGAGCUACAGGAGAAGUGUUCCCGGCCAUCAUUAGCUCUUAUCAACCAAAACCACGAGGAAGAUAGCGAUGCAGACCUGCAGUAACAGUAUAGAGAAGGCUUGCAGUAUUCUGUAAAUCAUAAAUACAAAUGUGGACAUUCAUUAUUACACAUGUUUGUAUAGACUAACACAUGUAAAUGCCUCGUUCUUUAUCACUAGAAAGCGAGUUGUUCAUAUUACCUCUUGAAGUGUUGUUUGGCUUUGUAUGAGGCAUGAGGACUGGGCACAAACUGAAGACUAGUUGCAUUAUGAGUAAAUCAGUAACAAAGUGUUGGGUUUCUUGUAGGUCUCUUGUACCUGUAAGUAUUGCUACUGUAUGCUGUGUAUUAGAAGUGAAGACCUGAUUGGGGUCUGUGUGUAAUAGAAGCAAAGCCUGUGCCUCUGUGAUAAUGCUGCUUAUCAGUCGAUUUUAUCUUCCUCUCUCAAACGUUUUAAAGGAGGCUGGGAUUUUGAACAAUCCCCAAGGUGAAGAACAG